GGCGCCGAGGCGCUUCGCACCCCGCAGCAGCUCCGCGGUGCUUGGGGGAGCUGCGCUGAAAUCCCUGCAGGUUCUAGAGGACUGCCCCUCUCUGCUAGCCCAGCCAUAAGGAGCAAUGCAUGAGCCACAGAAGCGAUUACCAUCCACUGCCAACAGACUGCACCUUGCCUGCUUGGAAUACUUAUUUUAAACACGGUCAGAGGAUUUGCAUGCUCACAUCUCCCCGUUGAAGAGCGGAACUAUCUCCCGAGUUCCUUUUAAAAUCCCUGACGCUGCCGGCAGCACUGGCUCCCCGCGGAUGACUCAGUGCUGCCCACUUCAUGAUUUAAUCUCCGCCAGCCGGAGCGCCGCUCGCGGAGCRUUGCAGCAUGUCGGGCACUCCGCACCCAGCCGCCGUGCGGAGGAGGUUUGGAGAUGAGUACCAGGCAGUGGGCCCGGCCCGYGGCGGAGCCCGCAGGCAGCGGCAGCGCUUCGUGGACAAGAACGGGCGCUGCAACGUGCAGCACGGCAACCUGGGCGGCGAGAGCAGCCGCUACCUCUCCGACCUCUUCACCACGCUCGUGGACCUCAAGUGGCGCUGGAACCUGCUCAUCUUCCUGCUGACCUACACGGUGGCCUGGCUGGUCAUGGCCUCCAUGUGGUGGGGCAUCGCCUACCUGCGAGGCGACCUGCACCAGGAGCACGACGAGACCUACAGCCCGUGCGUGGCCAACGUGUACAACUUUCCCUCUGCCUUCCUCUUCUUCAUUGAGACCGAGGCCACCAUCGGCUACGGGCACCGCUACAUAACGGAACGCUGCCCUGAGGGCAUCGUCCUCUUCCUCUUCCAGUCGCUUCUUGGCUCCGUUGUUGACGCCUUCCUCAUCGGCUGCAUGUUCAUCAAGAUGUCGCAGCCCAAGAAGCGCGCCGAGACGCUCAUGUUCAGCCGCGCCGCGGUGGUGUCUCAGCGGGACGGCAAGCUCUGCCUCAUGUUCCGCGUGGGCAACCUUCGCAACAGCCACAUGGUGUCUGCCCAGAUCCGCUGCAAGCUCAUCAAGUCCCGACAGACGCCAGAGGGUGAAUUUCUGCCGCUAGAUCAGUGUGAACUGGAUGUUGGAUUUGGAACUGGAGCUGACCAGCUGUUUUUAGUUUCCCCAUUAACCAUCUGUCAUGAAAUUGAUUCAAGGAGCCCCUUUUUUUGCCUGUCAAAAAGAUCAUUAGGAAGCGAGCAGUUUGAAAUAGUUGUCAUACUUGAAGGAAUUGUUGAGACUACAGGAAUGACCUGUCAAGCUAGGACAUCCUAUACAGAGGAUGAAGUUCUUUGGGGUCAUAGGUUCCUCCCAGUAAUGUCCCUGGAAGAUGGCUUUUUCCGUGUUGAUUACUCUCAGUUUCACGAUACCUUUGAAGUCCCCACUCCUCCUUACAGCGUUAAAGAACAAGGAGAAAAACUUUGUCUGUCACCUCUUCUGAAUAGUCCAUUCAAUGACAAAAAAAGCCCAACAGAACAUUUCUCACUUGGCUUCAUUGAUAUUGCAGGAGAAGAAAACAAGCUUCCCAGUAAACUUCAGAAAACUAGCUCAGGGAAGGAAGACCUUCCUAAAAAGGCCUUGAGAAUGAGUACCAGCAAUGUAGAGAAGACACACAGCACCGGAGAUCUCUUGAAAACUCAACAAGUAAGUCCCAUCUGCAACAGCAAGGCUUGUGAUGAAGUGGUACAGGUGAAAGCUUUAAAGAUCAAUGCUGAGUCUUUGUCUACUGCACAUCUUGAGUUCCCAAAGAAGCCUCCAACUAUGUGCACUACAGAGAUGAAACUGGAAGAUCAUUUGCCUGUCAAACUUUGAAAAAUGAACUAAGAUCACCUCUCUGAAGAGUGGAACGGGAGUUGGUGCUGAUAAACUACAUUCAACACUGCUGACCUGAAGAGUUCUCUUCUACUAACGUAAUAAUUUAGCUUUACUACUUUUCAAGAAUCUGGUUUUCUAUAAAUGUUCUGUACAGAUGCAAUUUUAAGUAUAUGUAGAUGCUUUCUGGUGAAGCAAGGACCAGAUCCUUGGUUGCCGAGUGAAAUGUUCAGAAGUUAGGCAAACAAAGCAGUUUAAAAACAGCUAAAGCUGCUUCUGUCUUGAUUAUAUGUGAUGUACAGUACACAAGGACACAGAAAGAACUUGUCCAAAAAUCAGGCCCAGAUCACCAUCGCAGCAGAUGGCUCAUGCCCUAAACGCAGUUGAAUUUUAACUCGGUUUGAAGGGAACAUGUGGUGAGUAGCUUAGAUCUUAGAACGUUUGAUACUUCAACUCACAAAAUAGUAGCUUGGAGAUUCCUGGUAAGUAARKAAAGUAAAGCACUUGAUAGUUUUCAGUCAUUACAUGAAGAAUUACACACACAUGUGYAUCUCAGGAGCUGUACUAAUGGAUAGCAAAGGUCUUUGAUGUUGUGCAUUUGUUAUGCUUGCCUUCCUUGCUCACAUGCUUCUCUGUCAUUUUUUUUUAGAUUUGAAAUUUACAAUAUUAUGUAAUUUAUUUCAAGUUAAGACUCUGUAUAAACAUCAUUCUUUUCAGGUACUGAAUUAAAGUGAUUUGCAGAUUUCUGACUGGCCUGAAAGAGAACAAAUGCUCUUUUUUAAUCUUGUCUGACAGAAAUGAUG